CAAAGAUGAUGAGAAUGAUGACAUGGAAGAGGAGGAAGGCAGUGAGGAAGAGGAAGAAGAUAUGGAAGAUGAUGACGAGGAGCUGAAAGCUAUUUCUGUUCCUGUAAAAUCAAGUAGAGCAUCCUCACGAAAAUCAUCAGUGAGUAACGAAGCUUCACAAAAACAGUCUGAAGGCAAACAGAGAGCGGGGCUCAAACAGUUAAACAAGGACAGAAAAAAGGAUUUUAAAAAGAUGAAGAAACAGAGAAAAAGAGCAGAUAAAGUUGCUGGGGAAUUGUCAGAUGCCUUUACAUCAGCUUUCAGUGGACAGAAUGAUGAGAAUUAUGAUCUCAAUCCUAGUUUUAUGUCCAAACGAGAAUUUUUCACUAAUGUAAAGACGUCACCAUACACUGCAAAACCAAAGGUUGCAUUUUCAGCAACACUGACAAGGGAGACACACUUCGGGUACCACGAAGCUGUUAAGUAUGAUCGAGUCCUGACCAACAUAGGAGGUGCUUAUCAUCCCUGGACUGGACACUUCACUGUCCCAAUGGAUGUCCAGCAGGCACACAACGUUGUUUAA